AUGAAGAAGACCGAAAGCAAAAUGACCAUCGAACCUCAGAUUUCAAAAGCCAGGCGAAAUCUUAUCUUGAAUCGGUCGAAAGCACUAGUACAACGCCUGACGGAAUUUCAAGUGCUCAAGGGAAAACCAGUACAGAUAGCCGAAAUGGAAUUGACCGACAUGUGCACCUUGUUGAAAGAAUUACUGUUAAAAGAACCAUCCUGUCUCCCAUUGACACUGGAUCCCAGUUUAAACAUCGUCGGUGAUGUGCACGGACAUUACACCCAACUCCUACAGGUACUGAACGCAAUCGGGCAUCCGCCUAACGCUCAGUAUUUGUUUCUGGGAAAUUUCGUAAACCGCGGGGAAAAAUCCAUCGAGACACUAGCUUUGUUAUUCGCUUACAAGCUUCUAUAUCCUCGUCAGAUUUUUCUGCUUAGAGGCAAUCAUGAGUGUGACCAGCUGGGUAAAAUGUAUGGGUGCUAUGCCGAAUGCAACCGUCGGUUUAGUUCACGUUUGUGGCGUGUGUUGAUGGACACAUUCAAUUGUCUCCCUGUAGCCGCUCUGAUCGAUAAUCGUUUCUUCUGCUCACACAGUGGAAUCUCACCAACCCUAAUAUACUCUGGCUACACUGGACCAAAAGCACUUCAGGAAUACAUCUCCCGAUGGAUCCCCAGACCAACUGAAAUUGAAACCAACUUGCUCGCGACGCACCUGAUCUGGUCUGAACCGGACGCAGAUGUGGAGGAAUGGGAACGCAAUCCAGCAGGCCUAGGGUAUUUGUAUGGCCCGUCAGCAGUGAAUGAAUUUUGUAGACAGUUCCAACUGUUUCAUGUCAUUAGGUCAAACGGACUGCUGCCCAGAGGCUAUGAAUUCUUCCCGCAUAGCCAACUGGUUAGUAUCUUCAGUGCACCAGACUUUAUGGGGACCCAUAGAAAUUGUGGUUCAAUGUUGACUCUAACACACCUGGAAGACUCACAGACAGUCCUUUGCCGUAUCAAAAGCUUGAGACCUGUAUUCUUGACCAGGGGAGGUAAAGCCACGGGACGUAAAAUACUAUCCAUUGAGGAUAUAAAACCGAAUUCCCCGUGGUCUACGCGAGUGUUUACUGCGGAAGAUGUUUAUAAAACUUGCCAAGCAAAA